AUGGUGGCAUUCCAUCACCUCGGCUGGCGAAAGCCGGCGAUUCGAAUCCUUGACCGGCCCUCCGUCUUCCUUGCCGGAGCUGUCUCGGCGUUAUUGCUUUUAUGGGGCUGCUUCUUCUUCUCAACUCUCGAUUCAAUCCCAUUUUUCUCUCGAUCCAAAUCCGGUCUCUGCAACUGUAACCAACCCAACCCCGCCUUCAACCUCCAGUUCGACCCGCCGGUGUCGACCUUCUACGACGACCCAAGUUUCGGUUAUACCGUCGACAAACGCAUAACAAACUGGGACCAAAAGAGACGAACCUGGCUCGGACUGCACCCAUCGUUCGAACCCAGGUCACAUGAGCGAGUCUUUAUAGUAACAGGCUCACGGUCAACGCCAUGCAAGAGCCCCACCGGAGAUCAUUUCUUGUUGAGGUUUUACCGGAAUAAAGUUGAUUACUGUCGAAUCCAUGGCUACGAUAUCUUUUACAACAACGUCUUACUCGACCCUAAGAUGCCUUCAUGCUGGGCGAAGAUUCCGGCGGUUCGGGCGGCGAUGUUGGCUCAUCCGGAAGCGGAGUGGAUCUGGUGGCUCGAUGAAGACGCUGCGUUCACCGAUAUGGAGUACAAACUCCCUUUGCAACGGUAUAAAGAUUAUAACUUUAUCGUCCAUGGCUGGCCGAAGGAGGUUUAUGUGAAGAAAAGCUGGUUGGGAUUGAAUGCUGGAUCGUUUCUGAUCAGAAACUGUCAAUGGUCGUUGGAUUUAUUGGAUUCGUGGGCAGAUAUGGGGCCCCGAUCUCCUAAUUUCGACAAAUGGGCAGGAAUUUUGAUGAACGAGUUCAAGCAUGAAUCCGACGAUCAGACGGCGCUGGCUUACUUGCUCUUGAAGGAACACCAACAAUGGGGGACGAAGAGGAUGCACAUCGAGACUGGAUAUUAUCUCGAAGGGUACUGGGUAUUGAUCGUCGACACAUUGAAGAACAUAACGGAAAGGUAUCUGGAGAUCGAGACGACGACCGGGAUGUUACGACGGCGGCACGCGGAGAAGGUGAGUGAACGUUACGGUGUGUUACGAGAGCCGUCGUUAAAAGACGCCGGUAAUGAGUUUGGGAGCUGGAGGCGGCCGUUUGUGACUCAUUUCGCCGGUUGUCAGCCGUGUAACGGCAAACAUAACCCCUUGUUCACCGGAAAAAGAUGUCGGGACGCCAUGAACAUCGCGUUGAACUUUGCUGAUAAUCAGGUUCUCCGUAAUUAUGGAUUUGUUCACCGGAAUUUAUCCGAUUCCUCGGUUGUUUCGCCGCUGCCAUUUGAUUAUCCGGCAUGAUUAUUAGAAUAGAAAUUAUCUUGUUUUAAUUUCCUUCCUCCUUUGGACAUAAUUUGGAGCUAAUUAUAGUAAAAAAAUAAAUAGCUCCUCCUAUUUCAAUGGUAAUUAUUUCAAAUAUUGUAGAUUUUUUACCAAAAAUAUAUGUAACAUAUGAUUCGAC